AUGGCAUCUGCAUCAUGCCCACGUGUUCCAAUAUUACUGGUUAUUCUCUUCUUCCUCAUGAUCAAUAUCACUCCAUCUUUUACUCAACACACCCAGCAGUUGAUCGAGAGUAUCUGCAGGUCAACGGAGCAGUACGGAUUUUGCACCCAAACCUUCAAAGAAAACCUGAAAUCCCCAGAUGCUGAUAUCGUCGCCCUCACCCAAAUAACCAUAGAGCGGUCCGUAGACAAUGCUACUCAAACACACAACUUCAUCAGACAAACGAUUGAUAGCACAAACGACCCAGCACUCAAAAGCGCUCUGGAAAAAUGCGCGUAUAGUUACGGUUUAGUGAUGGAGGCAUUUGACUCGGCUGCCGUGGCGUUUUUCCAGAAGGAUUACGACACGUAG